AUGAGACUGACAACUCUUGUGACUUGCUGUGCCUGCCUGCAUCCUGACAAAAAUAAGGACCCAGGAGCUGAAGAUAAAUUCAUCCAGAUUAGCAAGGCCUAUGAGAUUCUCUCCAAUGAGGAAAAGAGGGCAAACUUUGAUCGCUAUGGAGAUGCCGGGGAGAGCCAGGGGUACUCUCAGCAUCAGCACCAGCAUCGCCAGUUCCAUCAUUUCCACGAAGGCUUCUAUUUUGACGAGUCCUUCUUCCAUUUCCCCUUUAAUUCGGAGAGACGCGACACCUCCGAUGAGAAGUAUUUGCUGCAUUUCUCACACUACAUCAAUGAAAUCGUGCCAGAUAGUUUCAAGAAACCUUACCUCAUUAAAAUAACCUCAGACUGGUGUUUCAGCUGUAUCCACAUUGAGCCUGUGUGGAAGGAAGUUGCUCAGGAAUUGGAGGCACUGGGAGUGGGAAUUGGAGUCGUUCAUGCUGGGUAUGAGAGACGCCUUGCCCAUCACCUAGGUGCACAUAGUACACCAUCAAUUCUGGGACUGAUUAAUGGGAAAAUAACAUUCUUCCACAACGCUGUUAUUCGAGAGAACCUGCGGCAAUUUGUGGAGAACCUUCUGCCAGGGAAUCUCGUAGAAAAGAUUACAGAUAAAAACUACAUCCGCUUUCUGUCUAACUGGAAGAAAGAAAAUAAGCCCCACGUCCUUUUAUUUGAUCAUAUGCCACAUGUGCCGUUAUUAUACAAGCUGACUGCCUUUGCAUAUAGAGAUUACUUGUCCUUUGGUUAUGUGUACGUUGGACUCAGAGGGACCGAAGAGUUGUCCAGUCAGUACAACAUCAACGUUUAUACUCCGACCAUGAUGAUCUUCAAGGAACAGAUCGACAGGCCUGCGGAUGUUGUGCAGGCACGCGAUAUGAAGAAGCAGCUCAUUGACGACUUCCUUUCCCAGAAUAAGUUCCUCAUGGCAGCCAGGCUCACCAACCAGAAGCUGUUCCAGGAGCUGUGUCCUGUGAAGAAGUCUCAUCGUCAGCGAAAGCACUGUGUGGUCCUACUUACUGGAGAAGGCGAUAAGUUCGCAGAGACUUAUGAGGCAUUUUUGACUUUUGCUGUGGCCAACACAAAAGACACCCUGAGGUUUGUGCAUAUCUAUAAUGAUCGUCAGCCAGAAUUUGCAGACGCCUUGCUGAGGGAUGAGGAGAAGUAUCGGGGAAAAUCAGCUGUGGUCAUUCUGGAAAGGCGCAAUAAUGCAGGGAAAGUUGCCUAUAAAACCUUGGAGGAGGCCUGGCAAGGCAGCAAAGAAGAUAACUUCAUCCUUCUGGAUCUUCUGGAUCAGUUGAGGACAGACCCUGGUCUUCUCUCAUCAGACGCUGUCCUGACAGACUUGAAUGAUGAACUUGCUCCCAUGUUCCUUAUCCGAUGGUUUUACUCCAUGCUGGAUUACAUUUCAGACUGCUGGGACAGUUUGUUUCAUAAUAACUGGCGAGAAAUGAUGCCCCUGCUAUCCUUGCUCUUCUCUGCGCUCUUCAUUCUUUUUGGCACCGUUAUUGUUCAGGCUUUCAGUGACUCAAGUGAUGCAAGAGACUCUCCUCCGCCUGAGAAAGAAGAAACAACCACAAAAACUGAAAAGAACGACACGAGCUUCAGCAAAGAGAGUAGCAGCAGGAUCCCUAAAAAGGGCUUUGUCGAGGUGACCGAGCUAACGGACAUUAACUAUAACAGUAACUUGGUACGCCUGAGGCCAGGUCAUAUGAACGUGGUCUUGAUCCUUUCUAACCCUACCAAAACCACCCUGCUCCAGAAGUUUGCCCUGGAAGUCUACACAUUCACAGGGAGCAGCUCUCUUCAUUUCUCCUUCCUCAGCCUGGACAAGCACCGAGAAUGGCUGGAGUACCUGUUAGAGUUCGCGCAGGAUGCUGCCCCCAUCCCAAAUCAGUACGACAAGCACUUCCUGGAGCGUGAUUACACGGGCUACGUCCUAGCUCUGAACGGCCACAAGAAAUACUUCUGCCUCUUUAAGCCUCACAGAUCAGGGGAUGAGGGGGGAACGCUAGGAGCGUGCGAGGAUUACGAUUCCUCGCUACAUACAGAAGCCAGAGGGAAAUCCUCCUGCAGUCCAGGAUCUAGAUCAAUUAAAAACAAAUUACACAAAUUGUCCUUUUGGAUGGAACGCCUUCUGGAGGGUUCCUUACAGAGGUUCUAUAUCCCCUCGUGGCCUGCGCUAGACUGAGGGAUUUUAAAGAGAUUCUAACACACAAACUUUUUAUGGAGAUGACAAGGAACAGUUCUUUCCAGGAAUAAACAAUCACAAUGAAUGGACCUUAGGUUUUAGAUGACCUCUCCUAUGGCCAGCGAGUAGAAAUAUCUCCCCAUGUCUCAAACCUUGGAGUGCAAUGAAGCGCACUGAAAUUCCCUCGACCAAAUUGUUCUUGCAUUUGGAUGCUGUACUAUCAAAGACAAAAGAAGUCUGUUUUCCCUUCUUGUCCUGCCACAUCUGCUUCCUGAGUCACCUCUGUUCCAUCUCACCUUAGCUGACGAAAACCUGCGACUUCUCUGCUGCGGUGACUCCGUCCGGACUGAACGUAGCCUGUUAGGCAGGUCAGGUUGCGGUUUCUCUCCUUUUCCCCAUGCUUAGCCCAUGGUGCAUGGUGUAACACUGGCGAGACCCCACAGACCCUCCCAGGCUCUGCAGUUCUGAAAGGCCUCCUACCAGGUGUUCCUUCUUAUCGGCUUUCCCUGUGGUAAGUGAUCUAGAAUAUGGUUGGGAGCAUCUCCCUUGUAGCAAACCUGUAGCUGGGACUUACCUGUGGUGCGGGCUAGUAGGCGAUCUGCAUGUUUCAUGCUCCUUGUGUAGUAGUUCCACGUGCAGCUUCACCAGCUAAACCGUAACCAGGGAGGGAAGGGGUUUUGCACAGCCCUAAAUACUGUAAAGGUGUUGAGCCAUUUAAAUGUCACAUUGUUUUUCAGAUGCCUUUCUGCUUCUGUCAAUUUUAGACUAUGUAUCUUAGAGCCAUAACUUUAACUGUGUCCUCAGAUUGUAGGCAUAAGCUGCUACCAGCCAGUAGAUAUGUAAAAGAAACUUUAAAUAGCUGCUAGGGAGUCAGUUUGGACUCCUUUCAAACAAUGUUACAUCUGUAGUACAAACCAACCUUUCUUUGUAUCAAGGAACUUAAUUUUUCAAUGAUUGUAUUCUCGAAAUGUUGCCCCAGAAGUGCUGUAUCAUCAGACCGUCUCUUAUGUGUGAAACUAGUUUUGUUUUAGGCGUGGGUUUUAGAUGCUUGGUUUCAGCAUCUCAGCUAUUUCAUUCUUGCCACAAACCUUUGUUUCUCAACAUGCGGGCUGCCUUGUGUUUUGUUUUUGUUUUUUUUUUCUUUUUAAACACUUUGUCUGCGUAAGGUUAGAACAGUUCUAGAGCUGGGUUUAGGCUUUGCUCAAACAGUGCUCCAGAGGCUGUUUUGAACGCUGCCGGGGGGGAAAGGGUGGCCUUCUCUACAGGUAGGAAGCAGCAGGCUGUGUCACAGCCGGGACUGUAAUCCUGUGGUGCUUUUACUUCCUUGUCCUUGGCUCCUGUGGAGACACCGUUUCCUUAGCUGCUACUUGCUGCGUCUCUCUGUAUAAAACUCUUCCAAGCACUCUGCGUAGGAGCGAAAGACUUCCACAAUAGUAAGUUGCCGUUAGGCUACGUGACUGCUAAAUUAGGAAAUUCUCUGCUGGGUGGACUUUACAUUAGGGCUCUGAACCUUAUUGUAAAGCACUUCUUCCAAGCAGGCGGUGUUAAUUGCAAGCUCACUCUACCCUUGCCGCCUUAUUUACCAUCAUACCAGAGCAGCCAGUUAUUAUGGAUAAAUAUGCCCUUCUCUGAGAUACCUGCUGACCCCAAUUGAGAUCCAGGAAUGCUCAAGUCAUUGCACUGCCCAAAUUACCUAGUCGCUCACAAAAUCGUGGCUUGUUGCAUUCCGCCCUGCGCUGGCAGCAGAUUGGCAUGCUUCGACCACCAGUAGAUAUCUCAAACGACAUGUAUAAUGUACUUAUAAAUAAAGGCUAAGAUACUACCAACGGACCUUACGUGAGGCUACUUAAAUUAGGUCAGUGGACUCUGGGCUGCAGCUUGUGUUGCUGCAUGAAAGAAGCACUAAGAUAACGGCAAGGAAGGAUAGGUCUUCUCCUGGCCAAGGCUACCCCCAGAAUGAGAGCAAUGAGGCACACGCCUAUUGCUGAAGUUAGAGAGGGAGGAGGGAUGAAAUGUCAGCCUGGCUUUGCUAGACUUUAUUUCAUUUGGCUUGAACAAUUACUGUAGCGCUCUUGUGCUUUUCCCGAAGCUUGCUUUGUAGGACAUGGCUAGAAUAAGGCUGUAGCUGAGUGGAAAACCAUCAAGUGGAAGACUCCAUAUAACUGUUAGAUGUUUGUAAAAGCAAGAAACUGUUCUUUGGUAGUGAGUGAGGAUCACCCAUUUGCUGUCUCUUCAGCUAAUCAGGAACCAGGAGAAAACUCAACAAUCAAAGAAGUGCCUAGUUGUGCUGCAGCAAGGGAAUUCACUCCUGCCCAGGGUAAGAAGAUAAGGCCUUAUGGCCUUCAAAAUACAAUUUGUGGUGCCCAGGUGUUGGAAUCCAUUUCUAUUUUUAGUACAGUGAACUUCCCUUUUAGACUGAGUUCUGUUUAAGAAGCACUUGCAGCAAUCCCGCCCUUGCCAGUUGUGGCUGGAUGGGACUCUAGCUCCCAUUUAGUUGUGAUUGCUGAUGUAAAUGGUUUUUAACCAGGUCAGGCUAACUCAGCUGUAGAAGUACAGCACCCUCAUAUCACUGUUCUGUGGGAAAAAUUUCUUUCAUGGGCUGAAGCAAAUGGCAAACUGUUCUAAAACCAUCAGUUUGCUAGCUGUGCUGCCCAUCACGUGGCGUCGGGUGCUUUAUUUGUCGUAAAAGAGCAUGGUCAGAGGCCCUUCAGCUGCUGCUUACGACCGAGAUCUCGCUGCCUUCUCCCAGCGGUUGCAAGCCAUGAACCCCCCCCCUCCAAAUUUCUAACCUGCCUUCAGCAGCCUUCAUGCUCAACCCGUUAUCAUAAUAUAUCAUCGUGAAAUGCACUUGCUACUCUGUUAUGCACAUGGUGGUUCGUAAUCCAAAGAUUGAGGAAAUUCAGUCCUAAUGCACUAUUCUAUUGAAAAACCAAGCAAACAUGCACGCGCAGCUUAGAAGCUGAAACAAAACAUCCUUACAACAAAGGGAUACAGGCCUAGAGUUUAAAGGUUGUACUAAAACCCUUCCCUUUAUGAAGGGUGGUAGGCAGCAGCCUUCCGUGGCUGGCUGACUCCACGCUCUUCUGUUCACUGAAAGCCUGCCAGGAACUAAUACGCUCAUACAGCCUGAGAAAUUGGACUGAAAACAAGGUACAUAUUUUGCACUUUUGAUACUGGGGGGGGGGGAUUAACUUAUUUGGCAAACUUGUCUUUUUUAUUUUUGUUUUUUGUAUUU